UGUGCUCACUUCAUCGUGUGCAGUCCUAUCUGUUCUAUGGGUGAGGACUAUCGAGCUUGGUCACAACCUUUUUCAAGAAUACAUAAAACUUUUUAGAAUUAUUUAAAAAUUUUAUUAUUUAAAUACAAAGAUAUAAAAUUAUCGCAAAAUGUCGAACCUUUUCAUUCUGUUUGAACACGCCACUGGAUAUGCUUUAUUUCGUGUUAAAGAAUUUGAAGAAAUUGGAAUGUUGUUGCCUCAAGUGGAACAAUCGGUAACAGAUCUAUCACGUUUCCGUAGUAUCAUAAGCUUUGUUGGAUUUGCACCUUUCAAGUCAGGACUGGAGGCUCUUGAAAAUAUCAACAAUAUUUCUGAAGGGAUUGUCUCAGAAAACCUGAAGGUCUUUUUAGAUUCUUCUUCCAACAAGUUUACCAAGGAUACUGUCCUUGGUGUUGCAGAUGCUAAACUUGGUGCUAGUAUCACUGAAACAUUAAAUAUAAAAUGCGAUCAUCUUAAUGCUGUUCCUGAGAUCCUUAGAGGAAUAAGAUAUCAUUUUGAUAAUCUGGUGAAAGGCUUUACUUCCGACGAUUCAAUAAAUGCACAAAAAGGUCUUGGACAUAGUUAUUCAAGAGCUAAAGUUAAAUUCAAUGUAAAUCGAGUGGAUAACAUGAUCAUACAGAGCAUAACUUUGCUAGAUCAAUUAGACAAAGAUAUUAAUACUUUCAGCAUGCGUAUACGUGAAUGGUACAGCUAUCACUUCCCAGAACUUGCAAAGAUAGUUCCAGAGAAUUAUAUGUAUGCAAAGGUAGCACGAGUGGUACAAAAUAGGAAAGAAUUAACAGAUGACAAGGUGUCUGCAUUAGAAGAAAUUGUUAUGGAUAGCGCAAAAGCGAAGGCCAUUGUCAAUGCAGCUAAAUCAUCUAUGGGAAUGGAUAUAAAUGAGAUCGAUUUAAGAAAUGUUCAACAGUUUGCUAAACGUGUUGUUGCAUUAGUAAACUAUAGAAAGAAAAUGUCUGAAUAUUUAACAUCAAAAAUGGCAGGAGUAGCACCAAAUCUAGCUACUUUAAUUGGAGAUCAAGUCGGCGCUAGAUUAAUAGCGCAUGCCGGUUCGCUUACUAAUUUAGCAAAGGCUCCAGCCUCUACUGUCCAGAUAUUAGGAGCAGAAAAAGCUUUAUUCAGAGCAUUAAAAAGUCGUGGUAAAGCAAAUACUCCGAAAUAUGGACUUUUAUUCCAUUCUACAUUUAUUGGCCGUGCUGGUACUAAAAAUAGAGGUCGAAUCGCAAGAUAUCUAGCGAAUAAAUGUUCCAUUGCUUCUAGAAUCGAUUGUUUCACUGAAACACCAUUAAGAAUAUUUGGUGAGAAAUUACGACAGCAAGUAGAAGACAGGUUAGUGUAUUUCACAACUGGCAAGGAACCAAAAAAAAAUUUAGACGUAAUGAGAGAAGCACUAGAGGAAACGGCACAUAUGUUAGCCAAUAUGGAAAAAGAGAGAAAAGAAAAAAAGAAAAAGAGAAAAAGCCAAGUACUCGAAAACGGCUCACAAAAUGGACAUGAAAACGGCGAAGUAGAAAUGGAUACCUCUUUACCGGAAAAGAAAAAAAAGAAAAAAAAAUCGAAACACAAUGACGAAUAAAACUAAUUGUAUAUGCUCUUUAGAUAUAUGCAUUAUAAAUAUGUAUGAUGAAUCUUUUUAUAUUACAUCAAAUGAAUUGUACGAAAAUGUAUCAUUUCGUUAAUAAAUAAUUCCCAAAAAUACCUUUUUUUAUGUACAAGAAGAAUAUAUAUACAUUUAUAUUAUAUGCAACAUUGCAUUGAUUUUAAUUAUUAAUCAUAAAAUAUACAGUAAAUAACGGAUAAUAUAAGUAAUUGACCAAUUUUGCAAUACACUAUACAAAAAUAACAGAUAAAAGAAAUUCUAUUGUCUCCAUUUGUUGUUUUUAUGAGAAUGGAUAGGAAUAGAAAGAGAGGCAAUUAUAAAAUGAAUGAUGCUACCACUAAGUGUUAACACCAGCACCAAUUACCAUUUAAUAACAAUAAGUCUAUAUAUAUAUAUAUAUAUAUAUAUAUAUAUAUAUAUAUAUAUAUAUAAAGUAGAUAUAUAAAUAUCUAAAUAAUAAUUACAAUAAAAUUAUUAGGUCUAGCCAAGUCUCAGAGUCUCAAAAAUCAACAACUGAGCUAUUUAAAUAUCGGACCGCAUAUAAAUACUAUAUAAGCAAUGUAUUACUUUGCUGCGAUUCACAUUGGAGGAUUAAUAAAUGGUCAUUGACCAAAUAUAAAUUUCAUUUGAAAUUAUACGUCAGAUUAUGUAUAUUUUAUACGCGCGAUUAAUAUUGAUAUGUAUUAGUAUAAAACAUGAAUUUCUAAAUAUUUAUUAUAUAAUAAGAUGUUUUGUCAAUUAAAAUAUAUAUUAAAUAUAUAUAUUAAAAGGUUUCUGGUACAGUCACAUUUUUAUCCGAAUCUUAAUUUUCAAGUUCUUUUUUUAAUAUUUUGAAAUAAUCCAAUUCAUAACGUAAUCAUAUGAAAUAAAUGUCAGAUUCAUUAUAAAAUAAGAAUCUAACGGAAAUUUGUAAUGAUGUCCGCGGUCAAUUAAUUUAACAUAAGCAAUAUUAUCGCGCGCAAAUGAGAUAUUAAAAAUCAAUAAAGAAUAAUAAUGUAAUUGUGCAAAAUAUUGAAAACUUCAUUAACUAAGAGAAAAUUAAUUUCAAUAGGUGCGAUAUUGCGCGAAUUGUGUUAAGUUUGAGUUUUACAGAAUUUUACAAUACUAAACUGUACAUGUGUAUCCCUGUAUAACAUUUUGUUAUUAUUAAUAAUCGGCUGAUGAUCCUCUA